AUGGAACAGAGGAGAUGGCUCUUGUUUGCUGGGGCAUUGCUUGCAGCUUUUCUCCCUCUCUUCUAUCACUUUGGGCUUUCCAGUUUCCCCAGUUCCCAUUUUGCCCCAGGGAAAACAAAAAAAGGAGAAAAAAAUUUUGUGGUCACCUCUCCCCAGAAUGUAAUGGGAGUUGUUGGCCAGGACACAAUCCUUCCUUGCCAUGUGUCCUCCACCAAGCCACUAGACAACAUUGAAGUGCAAUGGAAGAAAAUCACAGAUGGGCGUAUAGAGGGUAUCCACACAUUCAGGCAGUUUGGUGGCAAACCAGCACAGAAAUACCUCGGGAGGACAUCAUUGCCAACAGAUGGAUUUGCCACUGGGAAUGUGUCCCUAAUAUUGAAGAACAUCCAGCCAGAAGAUGAAGGAACAUACAGCUGCGUCGUGAAGUCCAGGGACUGGAGUGCUGAUACAGCCACUGUGCUCAGCAUUGCAGGUAUCAGUGAAGUAUUCUUUGAAAUAUUGGGUCCCCAAGGGCAAGGGCUCGAGCUUGCCUGCAGAUCACAUGGAUGGUUCCCCAAACCUACUGUCCAGUGGGUUACUCAGAAUAAACAGAGGUUGUCUCCAGACACUACAAUACACCAGGACAACAAGCAACUCUUCAGUGUGCUGAGUCGAGUCACAGUUACAGGAGAGGAAGUGGGAGAAGUCACCUGUCAAAUCCUGAACCCCCUGGUGCAGACUGAGAAGAAAACUACUGUGCGCCUCUCAA